AUGGCCACCACUACCGAGUUCCCCGCAAGCGACGUGAACAGCUACGACUAUGUGAUCGUCGGAGGUGGUACUGCCGGCUGCGUUAUUGCCAGCCGUCUGGCCCAGUACUUGCCCAACAAGCGCAUCCUGCUGAUCGAGGCUGGUCCCAGCGACUAUAUGGAUGACCGGGUCCUCAACCUGAGGGAGUGGCUCAACCUGUUGGGAGGAGAGCUGGAUUACGACUACCCCACUGUCGAGCAACCGAUGGGUAACAGCCAUAUCCGCCACUCUCGUGCAAAGGUUCUGGGAGGCUGCUCCAGCCACAACACCCUGAUUUCGUUCCGUCCUUUCGAGUAUGACUGCAAGCGGUGGGAGAAGCAGGGUUGCACAGGGUGGUCCUUUGAGACCUUCACCCGCGUGCUUGAUGGCCUGCGCAACACUGUCCAGCCCGUCCACGACCGACACCGUAACCAGUUGUGCAAGGACUGGAUCCAGUCAUGCUCGACCGCCAUGGACAUCCCUGUCAUCCACGACUUCAACAAGGAGAUCCGCUCCAAGGGUGAACUGACACAGGGUGUUGGCUUCUUCUCGGUUGCUUACAACCCCGACGAUGGUCGCCGCAGCAGCGCCAGUGUCGCCUACAUCCACCCUAUCCUCCGCGGUGAGGAGAAACGCCCAAAUCUGACGAUCCUCACCAACGCCUGGGUGUCUCGCGUGAACGUGGACGGCGACACCGUCACCGGCGUUGACAUCGCCCUCCAGUCAGGUGCCAAGCACACUCUUCGCCCUAAGAAGGAGACUAUCCUCUGCGCUGGUGCCGUGGAUACUCCUCGCCUUAUGCUCCACUCCGGGCUGGGUCCCAAGCAGCAGCUGGCCUCUCUUGGAAUCCCCGUUGUGAAGGACAUUCUCGGUGUCGGUGAGAACCUGCUCGACCACCCCGAGAGUAUCAUUAUCUGGGAGCUCAACCGGCCUGUACCCCCUAACCAGACCACCAUGGACUCUGACGCUGGUAUCUUUCUGCGCCGGGAGGCUCCCAACGCUGCUGGCACCGAUGGCCGCGCCGCCGACGUUAUGAUGCACUGCUACCAGAUUCCAUUCUGUCUCAACACCGAGCGCCUGGGCUACGACACCCCCGUCGAUGCCUUCUGCAUGACUCCCAACAUCCCCCGCCCUCGCUCUCGUGGCCGUCUGUACCUGACCUCGUCGGAUCCCACCGUUAAGCCGGCCUUGGAUUUCCGCUACUUCACCGACCCCGAGGGCUACGACGCCGCCACCAUUGUCGCCGGUCUCAAGGCCGCUCGUGAGAUCGCCAAGGAAGCUCCUUUCAAGGACUGGAUUAAGCGCGAGGUUGCCCCCGGUCCCAAGGUUCAGACCGAUGAAGAGCUCUCCGAGUACGGCCGCCGAGUCGCCCAUACCGUCUACCACCCCGCUGGAACGACCAAGAUGGGUGAUGUGACCCGCGACCCCAUGGCCGUCGUUGAUCCCAAACUGAAGAUUCGCGGCUUGAAGAACGUCCGUAUUGCUGAUGCCGGUGUCUUCCCUGAGAUGCCCACCAUCAACCCCAUGUUGACUGUCCUGGCUAUUGGUGAGCGCGCCGCUGAGCUGAUUGCCGAGGAAGCUGGGUGGAAGCGCGAGCAGCCCAGGCUGUAA